GAAUAAGAAUAUUUCUUAAUACAAUUAACCGAUUUAAAUUAUUAACCAACUACCUUUUAUUAACUAUUAACUCUCACCAAAGGCUCUCAACUUAAUAACUUUAUUAAUCAGAUUGUUUUGUUUGUUUUUACUCACAUUUUCUCCGUUUUUAGCUACAGAUUCUUCAAAAUUCAAGAUGAAAGUUGCUGUUGUUGGCUGUCUCCAUGGUGAAUUGGAUCAAAUCUAUCAAGAAGUAACCGAGUUGGAAAAUCGCAAUAAAUAUAAGAUUGAUUUAUUGGUGAUUUGUGGUGAUUUUCAAUCAGUUCGAAAUGAAAAUGAUUUAAAGUGUAUAGCGAUGCCACCUAAAUACCGGAAACUUGGUUGUUUCCAUAAAUAUUACAGCGGUGAAAAAAUUGCUCCAUUUUUGACAAUAUUUAUUGGAGGUAAUCAUGAAGCCUCGAAUUAUUUGAUCACUUUACCUUAUGGUGGUUGGGUAGCUCCAAAUAUCUUUUAUAUGGGCUAUUCAAAUGUAAUCAGGUAUAAAGGAUUAAGAAUUGGCGGAAUUUCUGGUAUUUUUAAUCAUCAUCAUCGACAUUGUGGACAUUUUGAAAGAUUACCCAUGAGUGAGGAUACAAAGAGAAGUGCCUAUCAUACUAGACAUUUGGAAGCAUUCAGAUUCAUGAGCAUCAAAAAGCCUCUGGAUAUUUUCAUAUCUCAUGAAUGGCCGACGAAUGUUGUCCAUUACGGCAAUUUGAACUACCUGUUGAGAGUGAAACCUUGGUUUAGCGCCGAUAUUCAAAGUGGUAAACUAGGUAGUCCCAUGCUCGACGCUUUGAUGAGCCACCUUAAACCAUCAAGAUGGUUUGCUGCUCAUCUUCAUGUCCGUUAUGAGGCUCACAUACGUUUUGAUGAUGGAAAAGAAACUAAAUUUCUGGCCUUAGAUAAACCUCUUCCUAGAAGAAAAUACUUGGAAAUAGUGGACAUUGAAACCUCCAAUAGUUUAACAGAUGAUGAUUUUGUCAAUGAUGAUAAUCUCUAUUAUGAUAAAGAAUGGCUUUCAGUCCUGAGAGUCACCGACGAGUAUCUUUCGAUUGAAGAAAAACCGACAAAUCUUGUGCCUGAACUUUAUACACCACCGAGACUCGACAUGGAGAAAGAGUUAAUUUCUGUCGAGGAAAGAUUCAAGGGCUGUUAUAAAAUUGAGAAAAGUUUUUCGCAAAAUGAACCAGUUACUGAAAAUGGAGACUCUGAUCCAGAGAGAAUUCGCAACUUUACCAAUGAACAAACUGAAACUUUUUGUGCCAAACUUGGAAUUCGUGAUCCCAUGUCCAUGAUUCUGAAUGAAAACAAACAUGUUUCUAAUCCUGAGGAAAUAUCGUUAAGUGAUGAUGAAGAAGAUGAAGAAACAACAGUAACAAAUGUAACAACGACGGAUUCAGAUUUCGUUGAAGAAAAUUCUGAAAUUCCAUCCAAAAAGUUGAAAAUUGACACUAAACAAGAAGAUUCUCUGGUUGCUUGAUUUCUUUUAUAAUAUUCACUCAUUUUGAUCUCAUAAAAUAAUUGACCCUUCUCAUAUUUUCGAGAGAAAUCAAUCUCUUUAUUUCUGUGGACCAAACUUUUAAAUUGAGUUUUCUCUUCAUCUGUGGCCUCACUUGAUUCCUUUACUCUUUUUCGAGAUUCAUCCAAUUUUCUUCUCUUCUUAAUGUCUCCAGACUCUCAUGUAAUUAUUAAUCAAAACGAUCCAAUUUUGUAAAAAUUUUUCCUUCACCAUUCAUAUUUCCAAUAAUUAUUUGACAAGUGAUCGAUGAUCACCAACCACUUGUUGAUCCUAAAGAUGACAAAAAGAAAACCAAUGUUACUAUCGAUUAAUAAUAAUAAAAGAUGAUCAAAUUCUAGU